AUGAGGAGAGCUAACUUGAAGGUAGUAAAAGUUAUUUUUUGGACUGGAAUAUUUUGCUGGUAGGUAACCAUAUCCAGUAGUUACACCAGGAAGUCCCAAUUACAAGUGGAAGAGGAGGACAUCGAAAAACUAGAAAUCAGGAUUGACUUGUGGAACAAUGGAAACUUGGUCCAAGAUAUUUUCUUGGUUGAGAUUAAGUUUCCUGUGAAUGUAUUAAGAAAUGAUUUGUCUCAUCAAGCCUGGUACUUGCUACAGCCAAGAGACAAUGGAAACAAGACACCCAAAACUGAUGACCUGGGGUCUCUUCGAUUGCAUAUAUGCUGCACUGAGGACUAUGUGCUUCCUUCAGAGCACUGCGGUCCUUUGAAAACUUUGCUGCUAAAAUCACCGGAUGUUCAGCCAAUAUCUGCCUCGGCUGCUUACAUUUUGGGUGAAAUAUGUGGAGACAAAAAUGAUGCUGUUUUGCUGCUUGUCCGGCUGUUGCUUCACCAUGAUAAACUUGUUCCUUUUGCCACUGCAGUAGCUGAAUUAGAUCUAAAGGAUACACAAGAUGCAAACACAAUUUUUAGAGGAAAUUCUUUGGCCACCCUGUGUUUGGACGAGAUGAUGAAAAUAGUGGGAGGUCACUACCUGAAAGUAACAGUAAAACCUGUUCUAGAUGAGCUACAAGCUAUAUGUGAAUCCUCAAAAUCUUGUGAGAUUGAUCCUAUUACAUUAAAAGAAGGAGAUAAUGUAGAAAGCAAUAAGGAGAAUCUGCGCUACUAUGUAGACAAAUUAUUCAAUACAAUAGUGAAAUCAAGUAUGAGCUGCCCCACUGUAAUAUGUAAUGUCUUUUAUUCUCUAAGGCAAAAGGCUAGUCAGAAAUUUCCAAAUGACCCUCAUGUUCAGUAUUCUGCAGUGAGCAGCUUUGUGUUCCUUCGUUUCUUUGCUGUAGCCGUAGUAUCACCUCAUUCUUUUCACCCAAGUCCCAAUAUAACAUCAACAGCAAUUUGCAAUAUUGUGGAAUUUAUCUCAAAAACCAUUCAAACUUUGGGAAGCUGUGGGAGUCUGUCCAAAAGCAAGUCAAGUUUCAAAGAAGCAUUCAUGUGUGAAUUUUUCAAGAUGUUUCAAGAAGGGCACAUCAUAGCAGUUAAAAAGUUCUUGGAUGAAAUUUCAUCUACUGAAACUAAAGAAUCAAGUGGUACAAAUGAAGCUGUGCACUUGAAAGAAGGUAAGAUGUAUAAGAAAGCUCAGGGAAGAACUUGGAUUGAAAAAAGGAAUUUCAAGAAACAGUGGUUCUGCUUGACCAGCAGAGAGCUCACCUGCCACAAACAGCCAGGUAGUUGUGUUUGCGCUUUAUUACUGAUUGGUCGCCCUAGCCCUAAGGGCAGAUUUCCUUUUCACCUCUCAGUGUUACUCAAGUGA